CUAAUACUAAAAAUAUGGUGAAACAAACUAAAAGAAAUGGGGGACAAGGACAUGGAGCAUCCUAGACUGAUUUUGCAUAAUUUCCUGACAGAAGAAGAAUGCAAGGAACUGGAGUUCAUACACAAGAGCUGUAGCACGGUGGGGUACAGACCCAACGUAUUUUCCACAACACUGUCUCAUCUCAUCGCUACUAACUCUCCUCAUCUGAUCAUCCCUUUUCUUCCCAUUAGAGAUAGAUUGAAGGAGAAGGUAGAGGAGAUCUUUGGGUGCGAAUAUGAACUUGUCACCGAGUUCACUGGCCUUAUCAGUUGGAGCAGAGGAGCAAGCAUUGGUUGGCAUAGUGAUGAUAACAGGCCCUAUCUCAAACAACGGGAUUUUACGGCAGUCUGUUAUUUGAAUAGUCAUCAAAAGGAUUUCAAAGGUGGAUUAUUUCAUUUCCAAGAUGGGGAACCCAAAACGAUUGCCCCUUUGGCCAGAGAUGCUGUAAUGUAUACAGCUGACAGCCGCAAUACUCAUUCUGUGGAUGAGGUAACUGAAGGAGAACGGCUAACGCUUACGUUAUGGUUCAGCCGUGAUAGUUCCCAUGAUGAGGAUGCUAAACUUAUUCCUCUACUUGCAGAAAGCCUAUUACACAAGUCAAAUAAUGUGCUGUGUUCAUUCCUACCUUUGCCAGCAUCGGAUAAUAUGUAUUGGUUUGCUCCUAAUCAAGCUUCUCAUCAAGAAUUGGGUUUUGAUAUUCGCUUGGGAAGAUUGCAUUCUCUUGGAUUUGAUGUAUAUUAUUCUCAAGGCAGGAGCUUUAUCUCAGAUUUAUCUGAACUGCUCAUGGAACCAAUGCAAUUAGCAAGAGGACAUCAGUUGCUUGACCAUGAAUUUGCCAAUGUUUUGCAUGCACUUCAGGUGGUGCAAUUUUAUUUUUGGAAAGGGUGCCAAUCUCAAACUUUCACAAAUGAAGUUCAAUCUGGCAAGGCGGUACAAUUAUCACAAUCACAAUGCGAGCAAAUUAGUCAAGUGAAAUCUGUUUUUCUGAAGGAUACUAAACUGGUGGAGACUGUUUUUCGAAGUGUGGAGCAACAGUCCUUUGAUGCAGCCACUUUUUCCGCUGCAAUCACUGCUUGUGAAGAUUAUUUCUGUAAGUUACAUAAAGAAAUCUUAAUGAGCUUGCCACAAUGGAGAGCUCAUCAAGCUAUAUACAGUUGUUCAAUUUGAUGUGUCUUGACUCUUGACAAAAUUACAGUUAGAGAUCCCUGGUGCUCUUGUGAUAAAUAUCACUAUUUUUUAGCUAGUUGGGUUGUUAGA